CCUCCUAUCCUGCAGCAUUGUGGGGGAUGAAGAAACGCCUUCCUUAGCAACGUACAUUUGUACUUCCGCAAUUUCUAUAACUGUUUUGGCUUCAUCUUCCUAUAAAUUUAUCGCCAAUAUUAUUUUUUGUAAUCAUUGAUAUUAUUGAUACAAUUUUCAGUACUUAAUAAUGAGCGAGAUGAAAGCAGCAGAUGAUUCCGUGAUUAACAAAGCUGUGGGUAACAAAGAUCUGAAGGAAAACGAACACGACUGGGCUGCGGCUAAGGCUUUCUUUGAUAACUUGGGGUCUAAAAAAAGACCCAGACCUCCCAAACCCCAAAAUGCUAUCACGAUCGCUGUAUCUUCACGGACACUGUUCAAUAUGGUGAAAGAAAGACAAUUCUACGAAGAUGAAGGGUUGGAAAAAUAUGUACAGUACCAAGAGGAGCACGAAAAUGAGCCCCUGAUGCCAGGAGCAGCUUUCCCGUUUGUAAAGGCAAUAAUGACAGUUAAUGCCCGCCUACGGGAACUGUAUCCUGAUAGCGAAGAAUUGUUUGAUAUAGUUCUGAUGACUAAUAACCAUGCCCAGGUUGGAGUGCGACUCAUUAACAGCAUCAACCAUUAUGAUUUAACAAUUGAGAGAUUCUGUAUGACUGGUGGAAAAAGUCCCAUUGGUUACCUGAAGGCUUACCUUACCAACCUCUACCUCUCAAAGGAUUCUGAAAAAGUACAGGAGGCGAUAGAAGAAGGUAUCGCAGCUGCCACCAUGUUCAAUAUUGAAAAAGAAAUCCAACUGUGCGACAACCAGCUGAGGGUUGCUUUUGAUGGGGAUGCUGUUCUUUUCUCUGAUGAAUCAGAACAGAUUGUGAAGGAACAUGGAUUAGACUCAUUUUUUGAACACGAGAAAAAUUUUGAGAACAAACCUCUGGCACAGGGUCCCCUGAAAUGCUUUUUGGAGGCCCUGGGAAAACUCCAGCGGAAAUUUUACGCAAAAAAUGAGCGUAUGGACUGCCCAAUCAGGACCUACCUGGUGACUGCAAGGAGUGCUGCAAGUUCAGGGGCCAGAGCCCUGAAGACCCUGAGGAGUUGGGGCUUGGAGAUUGAUGAGGCACUUUUCCUGGCUGGGGCCCCCAAGGGGCCGCUUCUGGAAAAGAUCCGCCCUCAUAUCUUCUUUGAUGAUCAAAUGUUCCACAUUGAGGGUGCUCAACAGCUGGGUACCAUUGCUGCACAUGUGCCUUAUGGAAUUGGUCAGAUGUACAACAAGGGCAAGCUUAAAGAGGAGAGUCCUAAGAAGAAGUAACAGACCAAGGGUGUGGGUUAAUGUUCAGGGGAUUGGUGGAAGCUGCAAUUAUAUUCUCUACUGGUUUUAAAUGGAAAACAGCUGUCUUUCUGUGGGAAUUUCCUAUUCAUAUGCAGGUGCUGCUUUUAAAUUCCAUGUUAUCCCCCUGAUAUUUUGGUUAACGUACUUCGGAUUUAAGCACAGAACCAUGACAAGAUGAUUGCCAAGAUGAUUUAAAUGAUUUAGCUGCCUUAUCUAUCUGCAUUAUAAAGCAAAAAUAUCCUUUGGAAAGCCUAUGACAGACUUGUCUUUUUAGAGUUAUUUCAACUGUCAUGAGGUUGUUUCAAAUUAAGUAAAAUAUUAGAUUUGCAGGUAGCCAACAAAAUACUAUUUAAGGACCAUAUAAGUUGUAGAAGUGUACCAAACCACAGUGCAAGCAACAGUUACUAAGGCGUUUCUGCAUAUUACAUUUGCAGAUCCUCUGUCUGUGAUGUCUAGCACACAGGGGUAUGCUGCUCCUCUAUUUGGAGGUAUUGUCAUUUAAAUAUUGGGUAAAAUAACUUGUACAUGACAUACACAAAAGGAUAUGUUUAUUCUAAUGAUAGCAUAUGUUAAAAUCAAAGUAGAGUAGUCGGGCUGUAUUAUGUUUAAAGCACUGAGGAACUUGUCGAAGACAGCCUCAAUCUUGAAUUCCCUUUAUUCAUUGUAAGACUCUUGUGCCUACUUUAACUUUAUAGCCCCAUACCUACAAUAGUAAGAGAAAAAGAUAUAAUCCUGCUGUUCAUGUGUGCUUUAGUGCAAGUUGCACUGCACAGUGCUGCAACACCUUGCUUUUUAAUAUAGUCAGCCAUCUGUUUGUAUUAAUAGCCAAAGAUAAAUCAAGAAUAGUUAAGGUGAGUGGAAUAGAUUCCAUGAAGUCUAUACUCAGAUAGCCUUCUUUCACUGUCUAUUCGUUGCCUUUUUGACAUGUGUGGGUGACAUGUUCACAGAGUUUAAGAAUUUAAUGUUAAAAUAUAAGUAACAUAAUUAUUUUGCAGUCAGUGCAGUACCUCAUAAAAAAUGUACUGCGUCGACAAAGAAACUUGUAGAACACAUGUGUGGUUGUACAGUAGUUCAAAGUAACAUUGCAAAAGGGCUCUUUUUUAAAUGCCUACCCCACUACCAUUUAAGAUUGUACAGUAUUUAUCGAGAUUACUCAUGACUUCAAGGUAAUGUUGCAUUUUACCCCCUAAAAAUACAUUUUACUCUUUUGUGUUAAAAUUAAAGGGUAAGUUACUCCCAGACCCAAAACCUUAUCUGGAGCACUGCGUUUAGUGCUGAUAAUGAUUAGACCACCCAUCCAUGGUAAAUUACUUACUGGUGUGUGUGUGUAUGUGCCCUUAAUUUUUGUCUUUAGUUGUUCAGAAGUUCAGCUAGUCUGCUGUAUAUGAAACAAAGGAAAAGACUAACUGAUUUCAAUUAAUUUUAGUUUUUAAAGUUGUUUUUAUUGUCUAAAAUACAUUAUAAUCUGUUCAUUUCUUACUAUACUACACUACACUGUUCUUUGCGGCCUAAUUUAGUAAACUGGGUGAAUCUUACCCCAUAAUGCUGAAAAAACAGUGAUUUAGUUGGAAGUUUGAAUUGUCAGGAGAAUGAUACAAGUAGAUUUCAGUACAUGGUGGUAUGUUGUACUGUAUGUCUAUACCAUGAAAAUAAAUGCAAAAUGGAUACAGUAUGUCUACAUUUUCUUGUUAGUAAAUGCAAAUUGUACAGUUAUGGAUGUAUUUAUGCGCCAUGUGUUAAUGUGCAGUUUCUUUGCCCCUUUCAAUUUUUUUUUUUUUUUUUUGCUAAAAGUUGUAAAAAUGUUCCAUCAUUUUGUUUAAUUAUAUUUUAACAAACUGGAGGCAAAUACUUGUAAGUUAAAAACUGAUCGGGGUGGAGAAGCUUUUUGUUAUUGUGACUGUCAAGAAUUAAGCCUUUAUGUCUACAUGCUGUAGUUUUAUUCUUUAAUGAAUUGAGUGUCAAAAGCCCGAUUAGCAUGGGACUAAAAAUAACCACAUAAAACAGGUGGUUUUGGAAUUUGUAUUGACAUAGGUGAGUCCUGUGCGAAACCAUCCAUUUAAUUUUAUCCCAGAUCAUUUUCUCAGAGGUGGUCUGAUUAUUUUACAGGACAUCGGGACCUUGUGUACUUUGUGUUAUGUUAGAAUUGAUAUAGAUUUCUGGGUUAUUCGCCUCAAAGCAAUAGGAGUCUUCGCAAUAAACCAUAAUGUAAUAUAUAAAAAUUGGUACAAUCUGUCCUGAGAUUCAACGGUUCAGUAGAACACAAUGAUUGGACAUAACCAAAUUGGGGAUGGGCGAAAAUACAAAACAUAAUGGGUGAUAUAUAUAUAUAAAGCAAGCUUUUAACAUUAACGAUCCAUUUGAAGAUAAGUAUGGAAAUGCAUAUCACUCAAAGGACGAAAUGGUUAUUGUAGCCUUCUCUGGACACAGCAUUGCAUCUGCUUUUGACCAACUCUGAGGACAUCUGUGUGUUUUUUUUUUUAGUCCCAUGCGAAUCAUGCUAAAGACACUAUUUAAACAAAACAUGCACUUACGUUUCUUAUAAAAUAUUUUAAAACCGUUUUUCAUCAGUGUUUUUUUAUUUUUAUUUUAUUUUUUAGAAUUAAAUCAACACUUUAUUUUUCCAAAUCUUGUAGUGGCUUGGUGAAGAAUGUAAUGCUCAGACUCUGAAUAUGUGCUGGAUUAAGAUUACCCUGCAUCUUGCUGUCAUUUUUAUUUUUUCCUAAUAUUUCAUUUGUACUGCAAUAAAGCUGAUUUGAAGUGCAA